AUGAUGUGUAACCUGAUUCUGUCCUGCUCUCUCCUGAUCUCCUGCAGUCAUCUGCUGGCACAUCCCGUCACAGACACAGCUGAGAUGACCUACGGCAGCUCUGAUUCAGUGGAAGAGGCUGGAGCUUUCAGUCCUGAUGAUAUUUCUGUCGCCGAUCUCAGUGAUCUCCUGCAGAGGGCAACAGCAGGACAUCCCUCGCUGCUCAGCAGAGAAGGUAUCAAAACGUCCGGGCAGAUUCCUAAAAACGCUCUAAAAGAGGUUCUGCUAGAAAAACCCCAUCGCCUCAUGCCUGCCAGUUCUCUCUGGAGCAGCAGGAGACAGUUCAGGAAGAGAGGAAGCAGCGCAGAUUGUUUCUGGAAGUACUGCGUUUGA